GGUGGAGUCAACCAAUGGCCUCAGAGCCUGGAAAAUUUUGCAGGGCAGUUUCCCCUGACAGCUUUGCAAGGAUUGUACCAUUUCAAUUGAAGCAUAAAUCCACACGCUCAGCUCUUGGCUUCUGUCUGGCCUCCCGUAACUGAAAGAUCUCAGUUUCAGCCUUCACUUCUCUGUCUUGUCACUACAGUGUCAAGCCUCUCCAGCUUUUCCUAGUCAGAACUUUUAAGUGACCAUGGCAGACACCACCCUCCAUAUCGUUGAGCAGCCAACUGCAUCUGAAGCUUCGGAGGAACCAGCUGCUGAAGAACUCAUUAAAUCUGACCAGAUCAAUGGUGUUAUGGUGCUUACCCUUUUGGACAAGAUUAUUGGGGCUGUGGAUCAGAUUCAGCUGACCCAGACUCAAUUGGAAGAGAGACAGCAAGAAAUGGAUGGUGUAGUGGCCAGCAUCCAGGGAGAACUGGCUAAGCUCACCAAAGCCCACACCACCACCAGCAAUACAGUCAACAAGAUGUUGGAGAAAGUCCGUAAGGUCAGUGUUAAUGUGAAAACUGUCCGACAAAAUCUGGAGAAACAAGCUGGACAAAUCAAGAAGUUAGAAUCCAAUGAGACGGAAUUGCUGAAGCGUAGGAACUUUAAAGUCAUGAUCUACCAGGAUGAGGUGAAACUGCCAUCCAAGCUGAGCAUAAGUAAAUCUGUGAAAGAAAUGGAAAAAGAGGAAGAAGGGGAAGAGAUCCCAGCUGGUGAGGAGCACCCUGGAGAGGAUCAUAUUGAGCUCUCCUCAGAUGAAGAAGUUGAAGUUGAAGAGAUUAUUGAGGAAUCACGAGCAGAACGUAUUAAGAGAAGCAGCAUGAGGAAGGUUGAUGACUUCAAGAAGGCAUUCUCUAAGGAAAAAAUGGAGAAGACCAGGUUGAAAACUAGAGAGAACCUAGAGAAGACCAAGCUGAAGACCAAAGAGAACCUGGAGAAAACCAAGCAAAAUCUGGAGAAGACCCGACAUAACCUGGAGAAGAGAAUGAACAAACUAGGCACAAAAAUAGUCACCACUGAACGCAGGGAGAAGAUGAAGACUUCCCGAGAUAAGCUGAAGAAGUCCUUCACCCCUGAUCAUGUAGUCUAUGCACGGUCCAAGACAGCUGUCUAUAAAGUGCCACCUUUCACCUUUCAUGUCAAGAAGAUCCGUGAGGGAGAGGUAGAAGUGAAGGCCACAGAGAUGGUGGAAGUUGGUGGAGAUGAGACAGAAAACACAGAUCUGCUGAGAAGCGAAAGCCCUGAAAUGAGCACACUUCUGCAGAUCACUGAGGAAUCAGAUGCAGUGCUUCAAGAAAAGAGUGAUAGUGAGUGAGGCAGGUGGCAGUAUAAAAGCAUCAAAUGCUGAAUAUGUAAUCUUCCACAUUUUCCACAUUUCCUCUUUUUGGCCUCACGUGGGCAUGCGCAUGCACACAAACACAUGCAUACAUAUACAUACAUGAUAUAUACAGAAUUUUUACAGCUUGCCUCCCCCUUCUUCAACAUGUAGCUUCAAGGUGCAUUUUUGUAUAUUUCUGAUUCAUCAUAUAGAACAUGGAACAUACUUAUAAUCCAGCAAAAUACCAUUCCUGCUACUAAAAGCUUGCUUUGCCAGCCUGCCAUGGCAAUACCCCAACUUCCCAAAGGUGCUACCCAAGAAAUAAUCUAUUUCUAUGCCCAAGAAGCAUGCUGCCUCUUAGCUAUCCUUUUUGAUGUCAAGAAUGCUUCCUGGAGAGACCUAAAAGCGAAUUUGUCACAUAGAAGACAAAGCGCAGGCAUGGAAGCAAAGAAGGAAUUGGCUCAGUAUAUCAUAGAACUAGGGGAUAAUGAAGGGAACAUGGAAAUUACUGCUUGAAUUCAAAGAUAUUAUGAUACCAUGUAAUGCCUGAUUCAGGCAUACAGUCUGUGCAUACUCCAAUUUCCAAGAGAUUAUAUGGAAAAAGUUGCACUUAGUAGGCCCUAUUUCACCAGUAAAAAUCAA